CUCUCAUAACAUGUGUGAUUUAUGAUUGAAAUCAUCUGAUUCGCCGAUUCGAAUUCGUUUGAAAUCGUUUGAAAUUUAUGCCGCCAUGUUGUGCAGCGAGAAACAACAUUUUGACGUGAUGUUAUAAGAAGUUUUGCUCGAUAAUGGCUACGACCGAUGUUUCCCACGUCGAUGAGGGAUGUCAGUCCGAGAAGACGGUCUAUAAACGGAGGUCGUCGAUUUUCCACACGCGAAUUAUAACUUGCGACCAAACUGAAGGCAAUGAAGGUACACCUAAUAGAAACAGGUUUUCAUCAAGUAAAGUCAACGAAGAAUGUAUUGCUCAGAAAGAUGUCGAGGCAUUUAAUUUGAAAGAAUAUAUAGAGAAGCUCAAGCAAGAGCGUAAAGAUUGGCAACAAGAAUACAGGGAACGCAAGACUCAACGAAAAAAUCUGACUAAGCAGAAAAACAGUAUGAAAGGACAAGUUUUUGAUGAAAAUCUAUUGACAGAAUCUGAGAGAGAUUUCCUUCUGUCACGUCCCAAUUAUGAACAUAUCUAUCAAAAUAAUCAGAAAAUUGUUGAUGCGGCACUAAAAAUAUCUACACUCAGUCAACAUGUACAUAGAUUAAAUCAAAAAUUUAUAGAAAAGAUGGAAAAUAAUAUAUCUACAGCUACCAAAAAUAUUAUAAAACUAGAAGAUGAAUGAAAUAGAUGUUGCAUUUAGAUAUCGUUUAUUCUUACAAGUCUACAAAUUUGCAGGUAAUAAGGAAGCUUCAUAGUAAAAAUAUAAAUAACACUUAAUUAAAUAUGACAUUACACACGAUUAAUUAUACAAUACUUAUUUUGAUAGUACAAUGAUUCUGAUUGAUACAUUUAUCACAUACACCGAUUGAGUAGAAAUAUAAUAAAUACAAAAUAAUUUAUCAAUAAUAUACAAUAUUAAAUUUUAUGUUUGUGAAGUGAUCGUCUACUUUCCAUGUCUGGUACGUCAACGAAAUUCUGAAUAUUAAUUCGACCGUAUUUUUGGUUUCAAUGCGACUCAUGUGCGCGUACGAUCACGUCGUGUAUCAUAUUAAUAUUCAAUGCUUCAAAUAAUCUAAGAUUGCACAAAGUAA